CCAGAGAUCUGGUGCUAUUAAGUCCCAGAGUCUAAGAGUACGAAUAAGUACAAAGCCCAAAAGCAUUCUGCAGCUUGAAAUUUGAAGGAGUGCAUUUAAGAAUUAGGCAAGCUGAUUUUUGAUAACUGCUUUAAACUUCAACAACCAAAGGUGUAAGAAUUAGAAGCUGCUGACAUUUCACUAUGAAGGGCAACUUCACUCUUCCUACCACCAGCAAAAACAUUGCCAGCAGCCUCCACUUCGGAUUUGUGAACGUUUCUGGCAACAAUGAGUCUACUUUUAACUGCUCACAUAAACCAUCAGAUAAGCAUUUAGAUGCAAUUCCAAUUCUCUACUACAUUAUUUUUGUGAUUGGAUUCAUUGUCAAUAUUGUUGUGGUUGCACUGUUUUGUUGUCAAAGGGGUCCUAAAAAGGUUUCCAGCAUUUAUAUUUUCAACCUGGCUGUGGCUGACUUACUCCUUUUGGCUACUCUUCCUCUCUGGGCAACCUAUUAUUCUUACAGAUAUGACUGGCUCUUUGGACCUGUAAUGUGCAAAGUCUUUGGUUCUUUCCUGACCCUGAACAUGUUUGCAAGCAUUUUCUUUAUCACCUGCAUGAGUGUCGAUAGGUACCAAUCUGUCAUUUACCCCUUUCUGUCUCAAAGAAGAAAUCCAUGGCAAGCAUCUUAUAUAGUUCCCCUUGUUUGGUGUAUGGCCUGUCUGUCCUCAUUGCCAACAUUUUAUUUCCGAGAUGUCAGAACCAUUGAAUACUUAGGAGUGAAUGCCUGCAUUAUGGCUUUCCCACCUGAAAAAUAUGCCCAAUGGUCAGCUGGGAUUGCCUUAAUGAAAAAUAUCCUUGGUUUUAUUAUCCCUUUAAUAUUCAUAGCAACAUGCUAUUUUGGAAUCCGAAAACACUUACUGAAGACUAAUAGCUACGGGAAGAACAGAAUAACUCGUGACCAAGUCUUGAAGAUGGCAGCUGCUGUUGUUCUGGCUUUCAUCAUCUGUUGGCUUCCCUUCCAUGUUUUGACCUUCCUGGAUGCUCUAGCCUGGAUGGGUAUCAUUAAUAGCUGUGAAGUUAUAGCAGUCAUUGACCUGACACUUCCUUUUGCCAUCCUCCUGGGAUUCACCAACAGCUGUGUUAAUCCCUUUCUGUAUUGUUUUGUUGGAAACCGGUUCCAACAGAAGCUUCGCAGUGUGUUUAGGGUUCCAAUUACUUGGCUCCAAGGCAAGAGAGAGAGUGUGUCUUGCCGAAAAAGCAGUUCUCUUAGAGAAAUGGAGACUUUCGUAUCUUAAAUAUGGGGAAAAAAUGCAUAUAAUCAACAUGACUUCAUGGUUUGAGGCCCACCUAAAUUGUCUUUACAUGACUUUAGUAACAUAAUAAGUAUUUCUGUAUAAUCCAAUCUUUUUUUCACCCUUCUAGAACAGGAAAUCAAAUUUAACUGUAAUUUUCAUUCUCUAAUGACUUUCAGGAAUUGCCCUCUCCCCUUGUUCUGGGAUAGUAGCACACAAUUAUCAUUGGUGAGACAUAGCUAUAACCAAGAAAUAACUGAAGAUUUACCUCAAAUUAUAAUAGUGAAUGAUGAAGUGGCAUUUCAAAUUUUUCCUUGAGAAUGCUGAUGUUUCUUAAUGUGGUAUCUAUUUUCAUCAGGCUUUUCUCUUGAACCAGGGCCAAUCUUUAACUUGUUGCAUUAAUUAUGAGACAACAUAGUAAGAGAGAUGAACACUUCUAUACUGAGUAUAUUAUAGUAUAUUAUCAUAGGUUAAUACUAUUUAGGCUCUAGGUAUUUACUUCCUACUUUAAAAAAUUAUAAAUGAUAUUCCUUUUAUAUUUCACUUGAGCAUAGGUUUAUACUAAAGAUAUAGUUACAUGCUAAGUAGGGCUAGGAAUAGAUUAAAUUACACUUAUUCCCACAUUUUAGCUUAUAUUUACAGUUGUUUAAAGUAAUAUGUAUAGUGACAUAGAAUUACAAUUAGCAAAUAUUUGAAUGAUCACUGAACUCUGAAUAAACACUUUUAAAAAACUUUCUAUUAAAACUAUUGUUUAAAGGUUUCUAUUUUCUCUGAUAAUAUUUUGAAAACAAUAACAUUGCGUAUUGUUUCAAAAUGUAAAGGUCACUUUUUACAUCCUUGACCUUUUGGAUGUGGUGCUUUGAUAUAUAGGACAUUGACUUGAUUUGUAUUAUUGAUGCUUUCGUUCUGGGCUGCUUCCCAAAAUAUCUGGGUAGCUUCUUUAACUCUUUAACUUGUAAUAAACUCUUAACUGGCAUAGGAAAAGGUCAUGCCAGAAUGGAAUUCUGAUACCUGUGUGGAGGGGUGGGGGUAAAGAGGGUCAUCAAAUGACAAGUUUGGUGUCAAGCAAGGAACCUGUUGGAGCACUACAAUGUGGCUUUGACAAUAGAGGCAAUGUCAGUAGUUUCAACCUCUAUCUAUGGAUAAGAUUGCUUCCAUAAUCUACAGAAUUCCGUGGAGCUAUUUUUAAGCAAUUUCUGAACCACAGAGCUCCUCAACACUAUUUGAAUUCCUGUGUUAGAGUAGUACUUGAAACAGACUGAGUUACCUAAAGUUUAGAGUAUGAACCCCAAUUUUAGAAGUUUGAGAUUUUAUUUUGUACUAGCUCUUCAUUAUACAAGAUUACCUAGGACCUUCCUAGACUGAUGCUGACUUUUGAGGUGGAAUUAAAGUUUUGGGGGCUCAGCAUUUCUGUUAGAUUCCCGGGCUACAGAUUGAAGAUUCUUCUAACACCACUUUCUGAGAAAGUCCUAAUUUCAUGUAAUCAUAUUGUUUUCAAAAAAACCAAAUAACUAACUAUAUAGCCAACUAUAACUUCAUGUUUUAAAUAC